UAUUGAAGCCCAAAGUACUACAAUAUAAUCAAAGAGCAGUAGAGCACAAGAAUUAGUCAACUGGAGCCAAUGAGAGCUGGAGUUUAUGUGUCUGGAAAAAUGAAGCUUCUUAUAGCAGUUCUUGUGUUGCAACUUUGCUUUGCAGGGUUUCACAUAGUGUCUAGGGUUGCACUCAAUAUCGGAGUCAGCAAAGUCGUUUACCCCGUUUACAGAAACCUCCUCGCUUUGGUUCUCUUGGCUCCUUUCGCUUACUUCUAUGAAAAGAAAGAAAGGCCACCCAUUACCUUUUCGUUACUAGUUCAGUUUUUCUUCCUGGCAUUGGUCGGAAUUACAGCCAACCAAGGGUUUUAUAUUCUAGGGUUGUAUUAUGCAACCCCAGCUUUUGCUUCUGCCAUGCAAAACUCAGUUCCUGCCAUCACUUUUCUCAUGGCUUCUGCUUUAAGGCUUGAGAAAGUAAACAUUGCAAGGAGAGAUGGGUUAGCAAAAGUUAUUGGUACCCUAGCAAGUGUAGGUGGUGCAACUGUUAUUACUCUAUACAAAGGCCCUCCUCUUGUGCACCAAGAUGCAUCAGUUAUCAACCAUGAAGAUAUGCUUUCUGGCUCACCAAAAAUGCUCAACUGGACUUGGGGUUGUAUAUACCUACUUGGACACUGCUUAUCAUGGGCUGGUUGGAUGGUCUUUCAGGCGCCCGUGGUGAAGAAGUAUCCAGCAAAACUUUCGCUUACCUCUUUCACAUGCUUCUUCGGGUUGAUCCAGUUCAUGGUCAUUGCUGCGUUUUUCGAGAGGGAUCCCAUGAAAUGGAAAAUUAAGUCUGGGGAAGAGAUUUUUACCAUCUUAUACGCUGGCAUAGUCUCAUCUGGGAUCGUGCUAUCUCUUCAAACUUGGUGUAUUCAGAAAGGAGGGCCUGUUUUUGUUGCCAUCUUCCAGCCUGUGCAGACUGUUCUUGUUGCUAUCAUGGCUUUUGCUAUUCUCCAUGAUCAGUUGUACCUCGGAGGAUUGUUAGGGGCAAUGCUGAUAAUGAUGGGUCUCUACUCAGUGUUAUGGGGUAAAACAGAAGAACAAAGGAUAGAGGCAGGGCAAGAUGAGAAGGAAAGUCCAUUGACAAAGCAUCUUCUCGAUGAUGACGCCAAGAUUCAAGAAUACACCACUGUUUCUGACAUCCCUUAAUUAACCUAAUAUUUAAUAUAAAGUCGGUGACAAGAAAUAUAAAGAAAACAGACCACGUUUAGGUUUCUGUUUCCAUUUACCUUAUUGUCAAGUCCGGUGC